AUGGCCACGCCCACUGUCAAGUCAACCAAACGCUCGAGGGAAUCCGAUAUAGGCUCAGUGGAGCUAGAGGAGCCCAAUGUUGCUUCCGCAUCGGCGUCUCAACUGCCAUCAGACGAGCAAGAGACGGGUCCUCUGACAACAAAACCCAAGAAGAAGAAGAAGAAGGAUGUCACUUCUGGAAUUGUAUAUAUCUCCCGACUACCUCCAGGAAUGACACCUCAGAAGAUCAGGCAUUUGAUGGCUCGGUGGGGAGAUCUGGGAAAGCUGUAUGCGCAACCAAAAGAUGGCAUGUCUGUGACCAGCUACAAUUCCAAUGGUCAACAUAAGAAGAAGCAAAAGCACCAAAGCGCCAAUUACUCUGAGGCCUGGGUGGAGUUUUUGGACAAAUCUGUAGCCAAAACUGUGGCUUCCAUGUUGAACGCCCAAGUGAUUGGUGGGAAGAAGGGUGACAAAUGGAGAGACGACAUAUGGACCAUGAAGUAUCUGAGCGGUUUCAAGUGGGAGAUGCUCGGUGAACAGAUGGCAUACGAGAGACAGGCUCAUCAAGCUCGUCUACGUGCUGAGAUUUCGCGCUCCAAGACAGAGCAAGGAGAGUACCUGAAGAAUGUUGACCUCGCUCGGCAGCUGGAAAAGCGCAAUGCCAAGAAGGCUGCUGCUGGCGAGUCUGGGAAUGCUGCUCCCUCAACUGGGGAUGACACCAAGGCUUCACGGGGGUACAAGCAAAGGCAAGUCGUCGAGAAGAGCAAAACUCUGGAAGGGCAGGGUAUGGAUGGGGUACUCGGCAAUAUCUUUGGAUAA